AUGAGUGCGAACGCGACCGAAGUGCUGAAGAACCUGUUGAUCUUGCAGCUCGAGGGCGUUAAACGGCUCGUGAAUGAGUAUCACCAGCAGACUGAGGCCUACGUGCAGCAGUUCGGGCAUCUCCCGCUGUCUCAGGAGCCUGCGGACGCUGCUCACGAGACACGCAUCACGUUGCGGAGUCUGGCAACGGCUUCACCGUCACUGGCUGAUGGCUGCGCGGUCUCGGAGGUCAUCCUCGACGCUACUAAGAAAUAUUGCGGAGCCGACAUGUGUGCGACUUCACCGGAGCAUCUCGAGAGCUUUCUAGCUGUCUCUAGAAACGACGUUAAGACCGCCGAGGACCGCGUGCAUGCGCUGUUCGUGCUGGACGCGACACUGGCCAGUGCUGAGCACCAGAAGGAGAUGCAGUCGCGGUUCGAGCGUCAACAGGGCUACGAUUUGCUCGUCGAAUGGCUCGCAGUCAGCUGCAGCUACAACGACGAGACGUCCAAGGCUUUCACGGAGCUACUGCUGCUUGUAUUGCAGCGCCAUGUGCCAGCUAUUCCAUUCACCGCCAAGACGGUGGUGAAGAAGCUGGCAAAGUACAAGAACGUGAUGAAAGGAAAGAAGAACAAAGCUCUGCUGCAGAAUGUCGUCAACCAUUAUCGAGAGAAGAUUAACUCGUAG